AAAAUUUCCCCCCCAAUUUCCCUCCACCGAAGCAUCACCCAAUCAGAUCCGAUUUCGUAGAGAUGAAGCCGGCAGUAGAGGCGGAGGCUGACGAGCGAGCGGCGGAGGAGAUGGCACCUAAGAAGGCAGCGGCUGCCAAGAAAGCGGCCGAGGAAGUUGAGGUGGAGGAGGUGGUGGACGGGGACGAGGCGGUCGAUGGGGAGGGCGACGGUGACGAGGACGACGAUGGGGAAGGCGGUGACGAGGAGGAUGAUGAUGAGGAGGUGGAUGGGGAGGAGAAGGAGGCGGCAGGGGUUGUGGAGAUCUCCGACGAAGACGACGACGACGGUGACGGGGAGGCGGACGACGACGACGACGAUGACGGGGAUGACGACGACGACGACGACGAGGACUCAGACGACGAGGAAGAGGUCGACGGUGAAGACGAUCAGGAGGAGGAGCUGGGAACCGAGUAUCUGGUUCAGCCUCUUGGGCGGGCUGAAGACGAAGAGCACUCGAGCGACUUUGAACCGGAAGAAAACGGUGAGGGUGCCGACGAUGAGGAGAUCGAUGAAGAGGACGAUGACGGUGAGGACUCUGUGAAGGCGCAGACCUCUACGAAGAGGAAGAGGUCAGGCGACGAAGAAGAAGAAGACGACGACGAUGGGGAUGAUGAUGGUGACGAUGAUGACGAUGGGAGGCCACCAUCAAAGCGAUAGUAUGGUUAGCUCUAGUUUUGUAGCUGUGUCCUUGGGUGUUUGGUAGGUAGGUAGUGCUGCUGAUGUUGGUUUAGAAGAACUCAUCAUCACCUGGGAUAUGUGUGUGAUUUGGCUUGGCCGAUGGAUGAAUGAUGAAGGUCUUGUACUUGUUGCUGCUUCUUUCAUGUUGAUGAACUCGCACUGAUUCA